AUGGCCAGUAAUCCGCCCCUGGAUUACGAAGUGGUACCCGAGGGCAGCGCUCCCUCUCGACAACCCCCGAGGACUGAAAUAGAUCACGUCGUUCGGCUCAAGCCGCACUGCAGCAGGUUACCGGUGAUGUUGAAGUUUGCGGUGACUCUAAGCGCUUUGGCGGCCGUCGCCUGGUCACGUGCCGUCGUUCCCGAUGGCCUCCAUCCGACAUCGGAUGAGAUGAUCGAUUUCAUCAACAACCUCAACACGACUUGGAGGGCUGGUCGCAACUUCGACAAGUCCAUCAGUCUGGAAUAUCUCCGAGGUCUUAUGGGCGUCCACCCGAUGUCGCUCAUGCACAGUCUGCCGGCUAUCGAGCACGACGUCGACCCGGAUGCUCUUCCCGAUAGCAGAGGAGGCACAAGGGGCGGUGGUUAUCGUGGCGAAACUGUGGAAGCUACAGCUGCAUCCACUGCCGAUAGCUUCGACGCCCGCCAGAAAUGGAGUCACUGUCAUUCCAUCGGAGUCAUCAGGGACGAAGGUUCAUGUGCAUCUGGUUGGGCGUUCGGUGCAGUGGAAGUCAUGUCGGACCGUGUCUGCAUUCACAGCCAAGGGAAGAUCCAAGUGAACAUUUCAGCAGAAGAUCUGUUGGGCUGCUGCGCUCUGUGCGGCUAUGGCUUCCGUCCCGGGUGCAAAGGCGGGUUCCCUGCUACCGCCUGGGAGUACUGGAAAACUAUAGGUCUCGUGACUGGCGGUCUCUAUGGCACUCAAUUCCUCCCUGCGAACACUUUGGCAGGGGCAAGCGUCCACCUUGUACGGAAGGCGUCCAAGCUCCGAGUUGCCAAAAGAAAUGCCGCGAUGGGUACCAGAAGACCUACAAAGAUGACAAACAUUAUGGUAUGCUUCACAGCACAAACGAGGAAUUGAUGGGCUAAAAGAGAGAAAGCGACGCGAAUCGCACUAGGCGCAGUUGUCUAGCCUCUGUCAUUACCGUUGGUCAUCGUAAGCACUUGACCGCGCACUGGCGAAGACAUAUGCCGUAAUGGCGGAUGCGUUCUGGUAAUUCCACAGGGUGUCGUCAGUCCAAUCCCCAGGCUAAAUAAUUCGCCAACCGGUGCACAAGUCGAAG